AUGGCACUGCCUUUAAAGCAACAGUUCAACGAUGUGUAUAAAAUAUACAUUAACGUCGUCUACCUUGGGCAUCUUACAUAUGCCUUCAGACACCAACAAGCAGCACCAACAAGCAACACCAACGAGCAGCACCAACAAGCAACACCACCGAACACCAACAAUCAGUACCAACGAGCACCACCAUCAAUCAACACCAUUAAUCAACACCAACGAGCAGCACCAACAAGCACCACCAUCAAUCAAUACCAACAAUCAACACCAUUAAUCAACACCAACGAGCAGCACCAAAGCAAGAUACAUCAACACAAACGAGCACCACCAUCAAUCAACACCAACGAGCACCACCAUCAAUCAACACCAACGAGCACCACCAUCAAUCAACACCAACGAGCACCACCAUCAAUCAACACAACGAGCACCACCAUCAAUCAACACCAACGAGCACCACCAUCAAUCAACACCAACGAGCACCACCAGCGAGCCACCAUCAAUCAACACCAACGAGCGAGCACCCAUCAAUCAACACCAACGAGCCACCAUCAAUCAACACCAACGAGCACCACCAUCAAUCAACACCAACGAGCACCACCAUCAAUCAACACCACGAGCACCAACCAUCAAUCAACACCAACGAGCACCACCAUCAAUCAACACCAACGAGCACCACCAUAUCAAUCAGCACCAACGAGCACCACCAUCAAUCACACCAACGAGCCCCACCAUCAAUCAACACCAACAGACAACACCAUCAAUCACCAUCAAUCAACACAACGACCACCAUCAAUCAACACCAACGAGUCAAUAGACAUCAAUCAACACCAACGAGCACCACCAUCAAUCAACACCAACGAGCACCACCAUCAAUACACCAACGAGCACCAUCAAUCAACACCAACGAGCACCACCAUCAAUCAACACCAACGAGCACCACCAUCAAUCAACACCAACGAGCACCACCAUCAAUCAACACCAACGAGCACCACCAUCAAUCAACACCAACGAGCAACGAGCACCACCAUCAAUCCACCACGAGCACCACAUCAUCACACCACGAGCGAGCACCCAUCAAUCAACACCAACGAGCCCCACCAUCAUCAACACCAACGAGCACACAUCAAUCAACACCAACGAGCACCACCAUCAAUCACCAACCACCACCAAUCACCAUCAAACACCAACGAGCCCCACCAGCCACCAGGAACAAAAGACAGUCGGCCUCUGAGCGGCGCAGCGCCACCCCAGCCCCGCGACAGCGCUCGAGUCAUCGGCCCAAGAAUGUGGAUUGUGUCUGAAGGAUAA